UGGGCAUCUGCACGCGUGAAAGUGAAGUGAGUGGCGGUGGACUCUCUAAACGAAUGGACUAAACUGAUCUCACGCCCAGACAGCGAAUGCCUGCAUUUCCACACAAGUCCGCCUCUUGACCUGUUGCCUUCUUUGAGGAACCUUAUCUCGCGUAGGCCUACGCCGUGAAUGAUUUCACUUGGUUUGUUACUCUUCUUCCAAUGAUGGAGGGAUUUGUCACUUAUACUUAGAAGUUUAAGAAGACUACAUCCAAGGUUGUUGACUUGCCUGCCAAGACAUAGACUAUUUUACAGUUAAUCCUGAAGAUGUCUGAAAGAACCCAAAGUCCAGCAGCAGACUGCAACGGAAGGUCGUUCGAUGUCAACAGAGCAAUGUAUGCUCAAGCUAUCGGGCAAGAUGGACUGGGAAACGCAUCGCUUCAGUUCCAGCACAUGCUACAAGACCCGGGUCUACUUUUCAACAAAUCUUCUUUCAAUGGAAUCACCCCUCCACCUCCACAGGCUUUCUUUGCGUUCCCUGCCGUUAGUGGUGACUAUAGAGCAUCCGAGGUACAGGCUGGGGACUUUACGCAGCCCAAACAUUGGUACCCUUUCGCUGCUCCGGAGUACACCGGUCAGGUAGCCGGCACUACAACGGCUACCCAGCCUGCAAACCUCAGUCCGCCAAUUGCUGAGACAAGGGAGCAAAUAAAAAUGCCCGAGAUAAAGACUGAAAAAGAGGUAAAUGACGAGUAUGCUACUGAGACAAAGCUGCAAAUUCCACCAUCAGCGACCUCCGUUGCCCACGGCGUCUAUUACUCUGCUCCCUGGAAUCCAUCUUUUUGGCCAGGCCUCUCGCACAUCACCGCGCCCGGCAACACAGCCGCAACUCAAACGAUACAGUCCUCUGCAUCAUCCCCUUCUCUUUCACCAUCUCCGCCUGGAAAUACGUUUUCUACAGCUGGGUUUUAUAGCGGGAGUUCCGCGCAAACUGUUCCAACGACCCAGGCACAGACCACGGCGCGAAGUAGCGGUUCUUCUAGCGGUGGCUGCAGUGACUCGGAGGAAGAGGAGAAUCUAACCACAGAAGAAUUAGAACAGUUUGCUAAAGAACUGAAACACAAGCGCAUCACCUUGGGAUUCACACAAGCAGAUGUUGGAUUGGCAUUGGGUAAUCUUUAUGGUAAAAUGUUCAGCCAGACGACGAUUUGCCGUUUCGAGGCGCUUCAGCUGAGCUUCAAGAACAUGUGCAAGCUCAAGCCACUAUUGCAAAGAUGGCUCAAUGAUGCAGAGACUUCCGAGAACCCUCAAGACAUGUAUAAAAUCGAGCGUGUGUUUGUGGACACCAGAAAGAGGAAGAGGAGGACCAGCCUGGAGGGAACCGUGCGUACUGCCCUGGAGUCAUAUUUUGUGAAAUGCCCCAAGCCCAACACCCAGGAAAUCACCCAUAUCUCAGAUGACCUCGGCCUUGAGCGAGAUGUCGUGCGUGUGUGGUUCUGCAACCGCAGGCAGAAGGGAAAACGGCUGGCCUUGCCUUUCGAUGACGAGUGUGCGGAGAACCAGUACUACGAGCAGAGCCCACCCCCACCUCACAUGGGCCCCAACAUCCACCCGGGUCAGGGGUAUCCGACCAACACCCACCCCUCCACCCCGACCCUGUACAUGCCCCCUCUCCAUCGAGCAGAUGUCUUCAAACAGGCCUUGCAUCCUGGACUGGUGGGUCACCUCCCCAGCUAACUGGAGCUUGCCGUAGCAUUCCCAACCCAGACACCCCCCCCCCCCCCCCCCCCCUCCCUCUCCUUUGAACCGGUACAUCUCCAUCACUGUACCAAAGAGCGUUGGUACAAGUGAUGGAACAUCAGUUGCUCUACACGAAGACUGAUAACCGAUGACUAUGUGGGACACCACCCAUGCAAGCAAAUUAAAUGUGUGCACACUUAGAUUCUUGGCUGGGUGCGCUAAAUGGUUCAGUCUUGUUGGUCACAAGCCUUUCAGCUUGGGGUGUUUUUGUCCUGGUUGCUGGAAAGAGAGGUGUCACUAGUUUCCAGUGUGUGGCCUUUUUGUAGCUGAUGGCAAUUUUGAUGAGCUUUUUUGCUGAAGCUAUUGCACACCAAGAGCUGGAAGUUGGAUUUUUUCCCUUUUUUUUUUUUUUUCAAAUGUUUAUUUUGGUCAAUGUUCAUUUUAUAUGUGUGUUUGACAUUUUUGUGACCGGAAAAGUACUCAACACAAGGUCAGCAUGCAUUUUAAAAUCACUUGGAUGCUUUAAUAAUGAAAUAUGUUCCUCUAUAUGUGAACGCGACAGGUUUUUUUUUAAAAACCCAAAUGAAUUGUAUAUGUGGCUGAAAUGCUGUCCCUUACGGAAUGGCUGUUUUAAAAAAUAUUUUUUUAAAGGGUGAGUGCAUUCACUAGACAGGAGUGUUUUGUGAGGACAUCAAGUAGUGCUCUUCAUUUUGCGUCAUUUCUCCUACCAUUUCAUUUGUUAACGCUGCAUGUAAAACAAAUCUUCACCUUUCAGUUGCUAAUGCUUGUUUUUACCUCCACGGUCGACAUCUUUAGUUUUAUAUCUGUUUAUGCUUGUGUGUGUCUUUUAAUGGCCUCUUAUGUGGAGUAGUCAUGUGCCUUAUGUUUACACCUGCAUUUUCAAAUGAGUCACUUUUCAAGCUGCUGUGUCACUGUUGCUACAUACUGUAAAUGAAAGUCUUGAAUAAUUUAUUGAGACACUAAGCCUUAAGUGUUUCUUUUGGUUGAUGGCGAUAUUGCCCUCUUGUGAAUGUAGCCAUUAAAUACAUCAUCUGGAAUUCCAAUCA